AUGCAUUCGACGGAGUUCAAUGGGUGGUUGAGUCAGCCUGGCUGGGGUUUAAUCGGAUUUAAGACGUAUUUACGGAGCUCGGAAGGCGGUCUUUCAGCAGGAUGCGCCAACUCUGGCGUUGGGUUCGCAACGGCCAAAGCAAUCGCCUCAGCUUCGCCAGACUACCUUGUAAUCAUCGGCAGUCGCGUUCUGGAGAACGGCCAGGCGGUGGUCGAGGAAAUCCAAUCACUCGAGACGACAAAAGGCACCCUCACCAGCAUCCAAGUCGAUGUCACGGAUCGUGAGUCCAUCGCGAGCGCCGCAAAGCAGGUCGAUUCGCAGUUCGGGCGUGUCGACGUUUUAAUCAACAAUGCAGGCGUUCUCUCCAAGUCCCCAUCGACGAAACUCGCAAUGGAAGAGACGUUCGCCGUAAACUGUAUCGGACCGGCACUCGUCGCUGAAAUCUUUAAUCCUCUCCUGCUGAAAUCGGAUCGCCCUUACUCGAUAUUCAUCUCGAGUGCGCUGGGUUCGCUAACGGAGGCUGCGGAUCCCACAUCCCCCCACUCCUCUUAUGACGGUGUGCCGUAUCGGAUGAGCAAGGCGGCACUAAAUAUGUUGGCUGUACAGCAGCAUAAGCAAUUUGGACCCAAGGGAAUAAAGGUCUUCACUUUGUGUCCGGGGCUGGUGAGGUCGAAUCUGAGAGGAAAGGAUGAAAAUGCUAUAUCUUCUGGUGGAAGGGCGGGUGAUCCUAUGGUCUCUGCGCAAAUGAUAUUGGGGGUGAUGCAGGGUCAGCGAGAUGGCGAUGUUGGGAAGUUUUUGCAGGAGGAUUCGGUCUGUGACUGGUGA